GAUGCCCCAGGUAAAAAGCACCCAAACAAAAAGUAGGGGAGACGGAGGAAAAAGAAGAACGUAUCCAGGCUGAGCAGCAUGAAGGGGCCCUCACCCACCAUCAGCUUCCUGCUGUUACUGUUGCUUCUGAGCUCAGACCCUGGAGCAGCAGUGAUACUGCCACCCAGCACUACCUGCUGUACUCAGCUCUACCGACAGCCACUCUCAAACAAGCUACUGAGGAAGGUCAUCCAGGUGGAACUGCAGGAGGCUGAUGGGGACUGUCGCGUACAGGCUUUUGUGCUUCACCUGUCUUGACACAGGGUCUGCAUCCACCCCCAGAACCACAGCGUGGCUCAGUGGUUUGAGCGCCAAGGGAGAAGGCUCCAGGGGACUUUGCCCAACCUGAAUUCUAGGCUGAUAGAGAAAGUAGGCCGGGGCCCCCAAUAGCCAAAAUAAUAAAGCAGUAUUGAACAAGUCUCUGAUUGUGGUCUCCAAGUUCUAUGCAUUCUGCGAGCCCUGAAUCUGAAUCUGGAAGACAUCAAUAAACUGAAGAACCUCCUCAUUCUCUUUAUUUACACCUUCACAACCCCCGCCAGGGGCAAGACCAAAAGCCAGGGACCCACACACACUCCCCAGGCACCUAC